GUACUUUAUUACAGACUGGGUCAGGGAGAGGUUGAUAAUGUCAGUGAAAACAUUUGCCAGCUCGUUAGAGCAUGCUUGGAGUACGUGUCCUGGUAAUCCGUUUGGCCCUGCGGCCUUGUGAAUGUUAACCUGUUUAAAGGUUUUACUCACGUCGGCUAUGGAGAGCAUGUUCACACAGUCAUCCAGAACAGCUGGUGCUCUCAUGCAUGGUUCCGUGUUACUAGCCUCAAAGCGGGCAUGUAGCUCGUCUGGUAGGCUUGCGUCACUGGACAGCUCGCGACUGACAGAAAAGACAACAGAGGGAAAGAUGAUGAAAGCUGGAGUAACAGAGAUAGGCAAGACCCUGGCUGAGAAGAUUCUCUUUUGUGCGAACAAUUGGCAGUGUAAAAUCUGCUGCAAUGUGAACUGGGUCAGGAGGUCUGAGUGCAACAUGUGUAACACUCCUAAAUUUGCCAAGCAUGAGGAGAGAACAGGAUAUGGUGCAGGGUUCAAUGAGCGGGAGAAUGUGGAGUACAUCGACCGAGAGGAAUCUGAUGGAGAAUAG